AUCAUCUCACGGUUCACAUCAUGUCCAGACCAAGACGCUCGCUGUAAAAUUGAGGUCUUUCCACUGUUGGGACGAUAUUUAGGUGACCCAAUCUAUGGCGGCUCCGUCGUCUCCGUCGAGCUCGAGCAAGCUCCCCACGCCACUCAGACGUCCACGGGCGCUUUCCACGCAGUCUGUGACCGAUACGAGUGCCAUUGCCUCUAGCCGCAGUCCAAGGCAGACGGCUAUCAGCUUGUUGGGUUCAGCGAAGAAGUUCACCACUGCGUUAUCCUCCGACUCCGGGCCACGACUCACGAGCAAGCCUUCCAAGCCUUCGCUCUCUGCACCUGGCACGCCAACGAAGAGAAGGGAUGGCUCGCGACCAAGAACACCAAAUUCGCCGAGAACGCCCCGGAGCACGACUCCAUUCUCAGAGAUGAGUGACAUGGACGUGAGCAGGAUCGAUCCCGAGGAGGCUGUGGUCGAUUUCCGGACGGUGGAGCCUGGAGAUGCGUCGGGUGACUUGGAAGACACGGCGAUCACGAACUACGGCAGGGAAGACAAGGUACUGGUCUCCAUCAGGAUACGACCGACAGAUGAAACGUGCGUGUGGCAGAUCCAAGACGCGUCCCAGAAAGGCAUCAAACUGGAUCUUCAGUAUGCCAAGUCCGACACAGCUCCUCCGCAGGACUUUCGCUUCGACGAGAUCCUGACGGGCUCUGAGAAUGCGUCGGUGUAUAACGCAGUCGCGCGGAGCCAUGUAUAUGCCGCGAUGGAUGGCUAUAAUGCCGUUAUCUUCGCCUAUGGCCAAACGGCUAGCGGGAAAACCUUCACACUGACCGGGGAUGAGACCCAGCCAGGCAUUAUCCCUCGCGCUAUGAAAGAGGUCUUCGCAUACAUCCGGCGCACGCCCACGCGUGAAUACCUCCUCCGCUGCUCCUAUCUCGAGAUCUACAACGAGACGAUCCAUGACCUGCUCGCGCCACCCACCUCGAGCGUUUCACAGCCCGUGCAGAUUCAGGGAGCCGGCGCGAGCAUCGUGCUCACGCCUCUCCGCGAGGAGGUCGUUACGAGCCUGAAAGGUGUGCAGGAGGUCCUCGAGCGUGGAGAAGGGAACAGGCGGACGGCGAGCACGGACUGGAAUGAGAGGAGCAGUCGGAGCCAUAGUGUGUUCAGAUUAGUGAUUGAGAGUAGGGAGAGGGGCGGGGAGGAAGGCGGAGCGCCCAAUGGGCGCACCACGCCGGGAACGAGACCUACGACGCCGGGCACGAGGCCUUCUACGCCUGGGGGGCCGAAGCUGCAAGCGAAGGGCGGAAAGAUUGUGCAGAUGUCCGUAUUGAGCCUUAUCGACCUUGCUGGCUCUGAAAAGGCUACAUCAGAUAAGGAGCGUACGCGGGAAGGCAAGUACAUCAACACCAGUCUGCUAACUUUAGGCACAGUCAUCGCAACGCUGGCAGAGAAUUCCUCCAAGAACAAGAAUGAUCACGUACCUUUCCGCAACUCGAAGCUGACGCGCAUGCUGCAGCCUUCACUGUUAGGUGAUGCGCGUAUAUCGGUCAUAUGCACAAUCAAUCCCAGUGUGAGUGCCAUUGCAGAGUCAACAAGCACGUUGCUGUUUGCACAAAGAGUCAAGAAGGUGCAGUUGCAUGCGCAGAAGAGGGAAGUGCUGGACACCGACGCACUGCUAGAACGCUACAAGAAGGAAAUCGAUGAAUUGAAGAAGAAGCUGGCCGACCGGGAGUCAACCUCUCUGCGUCGCAGGCGCUCCGUGCGAGAGCAAAUGGACGAGUCGAAGGCUAUGAGCGACCUGAACAAUCGGAUCCAACAACUGACGAAGCUCAUUUUGACCAGCCAGACGAUGGAUGAGAAUAGGAGCGACCAGUCCCGCUCGGCCAGUCCUUCUAGGGGCGACUUCGAUAUGUCGCCAUACCAGUUACAAGAAGAGUUGCUGGCUGCGCGGCGGCAGAUCGAAACGCAAACGACGCAGAUCUUGUCUCUGGAGGCGGCACUACUGGCUAAGCCACAGAUGUCGCCAGAUGCACCAGUAUCAGAGAGCGACAAGGAUAAGCUAUUGGCAGAGCAAGCAAAUACUAUUCAUGAGCUGGAAAUUGUUAUCAAGGGCUAUGAGAAGGACCUCGAAGAAUCAUCGUGUGCUGCACGCGAGAAUAUUGAGAAAGAAUGGAGGGAGAAGCUCGAGAGCGAGGUCCAGCGUAGGGAAGAGAAGACGGCGUGGGCGGACGAACUUAUGAAGCAGCUCGAGAAGGAGAGGCGGAUGCGGGUGAAGUUGGAGGAGGAGCGCCAGGCGCUGACGGCUUUCGUCAAACGAUUUGAUUCACUCGGGCUGGGCAAUCCCCUUUCCCCGAUCAAGCUCAGCUUGCCAAUGCCGAUUGCGGGAGGAGCAGAUGAGGUAUUCGAAGGAUGCCAAAAGGACCGUGUGCAAUCUCCGGAGCCCUAUCUGCCCAUAUCGACGGUGACAGAAAUCGAUACGCCCAUCCAGACGAGAGUGGAGCAGGCCAGUCUGCUGGAUGAAGAGUGGGAUGCGGUGAAUAACGUCAGCAUCGGCGACCUGUCUACCUCGCUAUCAUCUGGGUUCAGGCGGACGUCCCAAGAUUGGCCGAGUAAUGCUGUUAAUGAGAAGGAGAGUAUGCCGGUGCAGUGAAUUAUUUUGUUACUUCCUUUUUAGCUGAAUUAUUGUGAUCCUGUAGCGUGCUGACUGUAUCGUAUACCAUUUCAUGCUGUGUGUAAUUAUAUGCCUUUCUUGCUUGUGGAGAUUCA